GGCAUAGGUAAAGGGAGGCUGGCAAGGAAUAGAAAUCUGAAUUCCUUUCCUUACUAGGUUUCGUGAGUUUGAGAAAGUUUUCUUAAUUUUAUCUUGGGAUCUUUGAUACACAAGCGGCAAAGGCAAUAAAACUCCCUUUGUCGAAGCCAAAAUAUUACCAGUGUCCACAGUUGCUGCAGAAAUGAUUUGCAUUAUAGUUCCAAAUGCGAAACAUUUUGAGCUCCAGCGCUUAUUGCGGAGGAGUGAUUGUAUGUGGGGAAGGGGGCUCUUUAAUGCAAAACACAUGUGUUUUCAAUUGAUAUCUGGAGCCAGACCAGUAGCUGUAACUUGGCCUGACAAAGCCUUAUUGAAGUAAAAGACAGAGUGUGGUUUCAAAGCAGUUAGAAAAAGAACGGGAAUGCUGUUCAGGAAAUUCUUCAGGCAUGGGCAGGGACUUGGCCACAGUUCUGCUGUUGGAAAAUCUGACAGGGACAGCUUCUAAACGCAGGGUAGGCCCCGUACAGCUCUGAAGGCAACGCUGCAUCUUUCCCCCACACCCCUGCUAGACUCCCUGGAUCUAGCAGUUUCCUCUGACUUCUGAAAGAGAGAGAUGCCUCAGGAACAGUACGCACAUAGAAGCACCAUGCAAAGCUCAGAAGGACCCCAUGUAUACAAAGUGGGCAUUUAUGGCUGGCGCAAGAGGUGCCUCUAUUUCUUUGUGCUACUCCUAAUGAUUUUAAUUCUGGUGAACCUUGCUAUGACCAUCUGGAUUCUCAAGGUUAUGAACUUCACAAUUGAUGGAAUGGGAAAUCUAAGGAUUACAGAAAAAGGUUUAAAGCUAGAAGGAGAUUCAGAAUUCUUGAAACCUCUCUACGCCAAAGAAAUCCGGUCCAAGACAGGCAACCCUCUGUACUUCCAAUCUGCUCGGAAUGUUACAGUGAACAUUCUCAAUGAGGAGAGUAAAGUUCUUACACGUCUUGUAACAGGGCCCAAAGCAGUGGAAGCAUACAGCCAAAAAUUUCAAGUGCUAACCACCUCGGGGAAAUUGUUGUUUUCUGCAGAUGACAAUGAAGUGGUGGUUGGAGCAGAGAGACUUAAAGUUUUAGGAGCAGAAGGCGUAGUGUUCCCUAAAUCCAUAGAAACUCCCAAUGUCAGGGCAGACCCCUUCAAGGAACUAAGACUUGAGUCACCAACACGCUUUCUGGUGAUGGAGGCUCCCAAGGGAGUUGAAAUCAAUGCAGAAGCUGGCAACUUGGAAGCUACAUGUAGGACAGAGCUCAAGCUGGAAUCCAAAGAUGGAGAGAUAACGUUGGAGGCUGCAAAUAUCAAACUACCUAGAUUGCCUCUGGGAUCUUUCUCCUCUACCGGAUCCAGGCAAAAAAUCUACGAGCUUUGUGUGUGUCCCAACGGGAGGUUAUUCCUGUCUCAAGCAGGAAGUAGUUCCACCUGCCAGAUAAAGACAAGUGUCUGCCUUUGAGAGAGACCGUUUGUGGCAGGCGUAGCUGGCAGCACAAAGGCCUUUUUUGGCUUCCCAGAUAGCAGCUGCCAACUAUUUUUACUAGAACACAGAAAGCCUAUCAAAGACUUUUGUGUGUGCGUGUGCGUGUGUGUGCGUGUGAAUAUAUAAAUAUAUAGAUAUAUAUAGAUAUAAAUAAAUAUAUAUAUAUAUCCUUUGUGUAAAAUUAAGUUUCAGUACAAGAAAUUCCAGGGUGACCCUCUUUGUGUAGCAUUUAUUGCUCCCACAUCAAAAUUUGAAAAUGUGCAAAUUGGAUCCAGAUCAUUCCAGGAGUAUUCAAAUCGUGUCAUAGCAAGCCUCUAUCAGUCAAGAAAAUGCUUUCAAGCCUUUUAAAAUUUAGUUGUACCUUACACAUGACAUUUUACCUGCAUGGAAAUAGGGGGGGGGGAGUCAUUUAACAAGACUGCACCCAUGUUUGAUCUGCUACAUGUACAGAUACUUGGCUCUGCAAUUAUGGCAUUCCAUAGUGUUUAUGAAAACUAGACUGGUAUGUGAUCUUCACACAUGAUGAUGUACACAAGGUUCCUAUGUCUUUUCUAAUCCGUGUACACUUGUGUAGGUACAAUGUCAUGUGUGAACUAACCCUAAGAUAAAGACAAACCCUCGCCCAAAAAAAGCCAGCUCAGCUUAUACCAAUCCUUCUCAACCUAGGCCUGAAAGUAGAACCAUCAAAGGCAAGGAAACAAACAAAAAAAUUUCAUAAGAAUUAUCGAUCGGUUUAAUACCCAGGAGGAACUGUGAGGAGGUGAGUUGCAUUGUACCUCACUUCAUAACCCAUAAUAGGCUCAGAAAUGUUCAGACAGUAGGAUGUCACAAUUGUUUAACUGCUGCCUUCCCCUCCUUAGGGGAUGUUACCCCCUUCCACUUUGAGAACCACGGUUAUGGUAUGUAGAAAUGAGAUUCUCUUGUUAUUUACAGUCACUUCAAAGCAAAGAGUAAACGGCCCGGUUAAAGAGAGCAUGAUGAGACAAGCAUCUCUGAUUAUUAUCCUGCCAUGAAAAUCCAUCAGAUAUGAUGACAAAAUUACCUACUGCUUAGGGUGCUCCAAGACACCUGUGGUUAAAUUACACACUGUUCAUUUUUAAUUAGAAGCAAAUACUGCAAGAGUGGUGUUCUGCAGCACUCUCCAUAAUCCUAGGCCUGAUAGCAGCCACCUCGAUGACAUAAAAAGGCUCCUUCACAUUUUAUCUGGGUGAAGGGAUUCAAUGCAUUUAAAGGGCCUCCGUGUGAUGAAGUGCCCUUGACGUUGUGCCCAUCUUCCUGGCUCUGCUCUGCUCCCAACCUCCAUGUGAUAGCAUGAAUGGAAAGCUGGCAGUGCUUGCGGAGAGUCCUCCACACAACCAGUAGCCCUGUGUUACUGGGACUUCCAAUCACAUGGAGCACUAAGAGGAUUCCUCAGUGCCUAUAGGUGGGAGGCAGAGCAGCAACAACAAAGAUAACACAGAUGGCACAUCAAGGAGAGUCGUAUCAGUGGAGGAGUAAGAGUUGCAGGCCAUUUUAUGAUAAGCUGUAAAGUCCAUUCAAUAUAUUGUUUAUGAGAGCUAAAGGCCAGAUGGACAAGCAUGUGGUUGUAAUCCUGAAAAGGAGCACUAGGGUCUAUUCUCACACAUUUGGCUGAGAUGUGUCCUGGCAUUUCUGCCUCUGUAGUCCAUGCACAGAGAGCGCAUGACCCAUCUCAUAGGUGCGUCUUCAGGAAAAAGCAAUUGCUCUUCCAUUUCAGAAAGCGUAGGAAAAAAUGGUCCCAUGGAAGGAAGGAAAUAAUUCAGCAAAGGAAAACCUUGUAUUAAUCAUGUUCAGCUUUCAAUUAUUCCAAACAUGCUGCUCUCAGGACCAUUACUGUCUACAGUGCAGAUGACCAGGGAACUAGAAUAGAUUGUGCAAGUAGCAUGGGAUGGGAUGUCCAUUUAACCCACAGCAAAACAUUAAAAAAAUAGUACAGAAAGUGCAGAGAAACUCUUAAUGUCAGCACAAAGCAAUAUGUUUCUGAUUGGCCACCUUACAUACAAAAAUAUAGGAAGAAUACAACUGACAGGUGUCUGGUUCGCCCUUUGCUGUCAACAUUUCAGUUUCUGAAAAUGAAAGCAUUCCUUAGUUUCUGGAAAUGCUUUUUUAUUAUUACAGUACUGAAUGGGAAUAUAUCUGAUGGAACUUGGCAAAGUAAAGGGUCCAUGUCUUUGGGGCCCUUUGGCUGGAAAGGUGAAUAAAUGUGAAUUUUUAAAACCAAGUUAACUUAAUUAAUGGUAUAAAAUGUUGUGGGGUGAGCCAUAAAAAGUCAAUGUCUCUCCCCCCCCCCCUUUUUGACAGUUGCACUAUCAGAGAUGCUUAUUUUGAAGAAGUUUUUUAGUGGUUUGCAUUGGUUAUGACACAGUCAGUUCAUUGAAAAGCAGUACAGUGAGUUCCCUUCAAAGCUGAACCCAAGGCACACUUCCCUACAGGAACUAGGGAAAGGGUGGUAAUGUUGGUCUGUUGUAGCAACAGCAACAAAGAGUCCUGUGGCACUUGAAGACUAACAAGUUUUUUGUGGCACAAAAAACUUGUGCUACAAUAUGUUUUACCACAGGACAUUGUUUUCUCUAGAGGAAUCCUCUAUGAAUGGAAAUAUUAACAGCAUCACAAAUUUAUCAAGAGAAGGGCACACAUUUUAUGAAAAAAACGGUUUCAUAAAUAACUCCCACAUGCAUUUCUGUAAUUUAUGAAACAAGAACAUACAAAUAUAUUGGAACCCAUUCAAAACCCUAAGUUUAACUAAAAAUUGGUAGACAACUACACUUAUAGCAACCGUGUUAUAUCUUCAUUUAAGUCAUUUCCUUGAAUUUCUUUGUGGGCUAGAGAGCACUAAGAACUUGAUAGCAAGACUGAUGAAGUCAGUUUGGAAGACACACCCAUUGAUUUCAAUGAUGCUUGGAUUAAGCCAUUACUAAAUAUUGUACUUAGGUGCUUCAAGUUAGCGGUAAAUGAGGCUUGAAGACACCAGUGAAGUGCACUUUUGGUGAAAGGUAAAAUUAUAAUAUAUUUACACUCUUAGGUAUGUUUACACAGAAGUAAGUCCCCAGGUAUUCAAUGAGGCUUAUUUCAUAGUAAGUUUGUUUAGGAUUGCAGCCUUUAGUGACACUGUUGGGACUUCAAACCUAACUGAAUGGCUCCUGUCAUUAAUAUUAUUAUUUUUACCUGGUACUUAAACCCAAGGGGGUCACCCGGGAUAACCAUUGUAUUGGGACGCAGGACUAUACACCAUCUCUGUUCAAAGAGGGAGACUUGUGCCUAUGCCUUAAGUCAAUGCACUCAGCAAGGAGAAGCACAUCAUACUUAUUAUUGAAACUAGUUUUAUUUGGCGUGUUGGACUGAAGAGAAUGAUGGGGUUGCAAUCUUUGAGAGAUGAAUGAGAGCUUUUAAAGCAACAUGAAGUAGACUCACUAGAAAUUCAUAGACUAUGGGGCACCUGGAAAAAAUCCACAUCUCUGACAUGUUUUAACCUGGGUAUUGAAAUCCAAAGCUUAUCCUGGAGGUCUGACUGAAUCUUCAGAGGUUUGGGGUGGGUAUUGUGGUAAAAAAAAAAUCCUUGUUUUUCUUAUUGAACAGUGAUCACAUGCAAGGCCAUUUCAUUAAGGAAUACUUGUCAGGUUGAUAAAUGAACUCAGCACUGCAAAGAAAAUAUACAUAUUGCCAUGUAACAGAGUUGUUUGAUCUUUUGUCCCCCCAUUAAUUUUACUGAUAAUGAAACAAGACAAUGAAAUUAGGUUCCUUUGAAAUGAACCAUUGGUGUCUUUAGGUUUUUGUGUAUUUGUUUCUGAAGGGCUUAUCUUUCUGAUAGCUCAUUUUUUAUGUUAAUUUGGGUCCUGAUCUUGCAACUUUAAAGUUACAAAUUUAGUUACUGCCUGCACUUAGGUAGUUGAGCUUUGUCAUAUGCAGAGAGGAGGUGGGAUGUUGGAAAUGAUGCUACCAAUAAGAAUCAAAUAUCUUUUAGAUAGAGAUGGGGAACCUGUAGCCCUACAGAUGUUAUUGGAGUUCCCAAAACCCCAGACAUGGCCAGGGAUGAUGGGUGUUGUAGCCCAGAAACAUCUGGAGGCUUGCAGCUUCCCCAUCCAUGCUUGCUUAAUUACUGGUCCUAAUUUAUCUUAUACAGGCUGAGUCCUUUAAAAGAGGCCCCGUGGAUACAGAGUACACAUGUUCCAUGGGGCCUCUUUUAAAAGACUCACCCUGUACUACCAUGGGAGACCUUUACAGCUUGCCACCAGUUCAACAAAUAGCCACCCUGCUUACUACAAAAGGCAAGUGUUAGCAACUAUUAGAACUCUCCUUUGCCAGUUGCUAGAACCCUUUUCUUUUAAAAACAAACUGGGUAGAACAGGACAUGGUUUGACACCUAAGCACCUCCCAUUUCCUCUCACUCCCCCAACUCUUUAGAACCGACAAAAGUCAAGCAUGAAAGUUAAAGGAUGCUUAAAUCCUCAGAUUAGGGCUUAUGCAAUAAAUAAACCUAUGCUGGCUUUGGAAUUUUACUCUGUAGGCAGACAUUUCUGAACAGCAAUAGUUUGGUGUGACAAGAAGCCAUGCCUAUAAAUAUUGAGUGCCAUACAUGUGAUCUAAUGAUGAAACAGAUCCUUGUAUCAUGCAGGUGUUGCCCGUGUUGUGGACAAUUUAGUCAAAUCAGUCAUGUUUUCAUGGGAAACAUUAUUUAAAGAACAUCUAUGACAUGUACAAAAAUGAACCCAGGCAUUGUGUUGGAAAGAUAGAUCACAAGCAAAAAUAAAACUAAAAAUCACUGUGCCCUAUUUAUUGCCUUUACCAAAGGAAUAACAAAAAAAAAUCACAACUAUUUAUUUCAAAUCUCAGUUGUUAAAAGAAUUUGUAAAACAUACAGGUCUCUGGUGUAAGUGUAUUGUAGUUUUUUAAAAAGAUAAAAGUAUCAUCAGUCUGUAUACACAAGUAUAUCAGAUUUUGGUAAAUCACAAAUAUCUUCCAAUGUAAAGUUUGGAAGUUUAUCUGUGCUGGUGGAAGCAUACUGGUAACAUGGUUGUGAUUUUUUAAAAAAAUGUUCUGUAUAUGUACACGACUGAGACCUGUAUGUUUUAAGUUAUGUUUAAACUAUUGUUUUUGUUAUCAAUUGUUUGUUAUUCUGUUACAAUAUUGGCUUCUCUUUGUGUUCUAUCCUUUCCACUUCCGGUGUUAAAAGAGUAGGCAGUCUUGUGAGAAAUGCUGCUUUAAAAGGAAUGCUGACAUAUUGUCACUUGGGGAGACAACACAGGGACUGGUCACCAGAACAGCUGUCUGCAUUUUCUAUUUGAAAAACUUGUGCAUUUAAUUUCCAUUUGAUGAACAGAGGUUAGUGGGCCCUGCGGUAUUCUUAGUUUAUUUUUUAUUUUCUUCAGCUUCAUGUUCAUGGCAUAGGUUAUCCAGACACUGUCCUCACUCAUAUCCCAAUAAUGUAAUUUCUCAGUUUUGCUCCACACUGGGAUUUCUCCCAGAUGGCAGUUUAUCUUUAUCUCUGGUUGCCAAGGAGAAGCAAAGGUGGGUGCUGAACCUGCUUGCACUGAAAUCAAUGUAAGAUAUACCAUCAGCUUAUAUGCCUGUAGUAGAUAUCCCAGGGAUUUUCUCCAUCAGGAUUUAAGAUCUGGUUCUUAGCCUGAUUGUCACAAGUAAAUGGAAAUGUUGUCAUUGACCUCAAGUUGUUGCAAUAUUACACCUCUUGCAUUAUAGCUGCCUCUUUCUGAAAUACUUAAUAGACUUUGCUGUUAUAUUCAGUACAUCUUAAGCUGCCAUAAAUGCUAUGGAUAAAGAUAAAUGCUCUUCAUUCCUGUGCCAACUAACCUUUUAUGGCUUUCAGAGCAUGGUUUUAUACCUAGAAGGUCUUGUGGAAGGCUAGUAUCAGUUGCCUUUACAGCAGCAACAUUGAAAACAGAUUGCAUUACUUUCUGGCUUGGUUUGAUUCAGCAACAAAUGGGUUGGAUCCAGACUUAGUCACAUUUCGAGUAUACAUAUUGCAGUCAAUGUGACUUAAGCUAGCAGUAAAUAACUUAAGAUCUAUUGAUUUGAAUGGGUCAUCUCUAUGCAUGUCUAAAUCUAUAUCCACCCCAGGAUAACUACUAGGUCAACAAGUGAAUCUCCAUGCAGUGCAGUCUGUGUGUAUUGGUCGAUGUUCAGUAUGAAACUGAACCAUGGGCUCAGUAGGUACAUUCUUUACAGUGCCAGCCUCUCAUCAGAAUAUAUGAAACAGUGAAUUGCCAAAAUUAGUGAUUAUUCAAACUUCCCUUUCCAACUCACAGGCUGACCUGAGUGUCAACUGAGCCAUUUUUAAAAAAAGGUAAACAGAAAAUAAUGCACACCCACCCACACCAAUUUAAGUUACAAGCACUGGCACGGAAGGAGGGCCAGGAUGAGUGAGCCCUGUGAUGCUCAAGAUUACCUCAAUUCAUCCUGACUGCUACAGACUUUAUUACAUCACUGCAGCAGUUUUGUUUCAAAGAGGGUCAAACAGAGAAACUGACAGCUUACAGUGGGCCAAGUUAUAUGCAUGGACAUAAAUGGGCUCCAGGCUUCUCUAGAAAUGGAUGUAUGGCUGUGAGAGGAACUGUCACAUGACAGAUUAUAUGUAUUUAAUAAUGCAGCAUGGGACUGUCCAAAACUGACAUUAUUCCAGACAUUAGCACUUUAUGGAUUCAGUGAAGAAAUAAAUUAAGCUUGUUAACUAUGUCAGAGGUCAAAGGUGUUACCCAGCAGGUUCCGAGAUCUCAGAAAGUAUCUCCGAGGUCUCGCAAGGCCUCAGAGAUGCUUUCCGAUGCCUUGCAAGACCUCUGAAGUUGCAUGGGGGCCCUGUGGUGUAGGUGCUGAGCACCUAACAAAACUUUUGUGGCUGCUCAGGCACCCAGAGCCCCUUAUACCCGUAGUUGGUGCCCCUAUGAAGUAUUUAUAUGUAACCAGCUUAGAGCUCGGUGGGGUUACACUGAAGUCCUCCUCAGUGUUUCGUAUACUUGGGUCCCCAGCUGUUGUUAGACCACAACUCCCAUCAUCCCUUGCUAGCAGUACCUGUGGUGGGAAUGAUGGGAGUUGUAGUCCAACAACAGCUGGGGACCCAAGUUGGAUAAACACUGUAUAAGGUGAAUGGAUUGUGGACUGUUGACCUUGGCCAUGUGUCACAGUAAGGUCUAACUUAUGGUUUAUCAUGCAGUAGCAAAUCAUUCAUACUUCACUCUGCUCUUCCCUACCAGCUUGCAGUAAGGAGGAAGGGAAAAAAAGAUAAUUGAUCCCAGGCCUAGAGUUAUGUCUGAAAUGGCAUCGUGGUUUGCUUCCCUCUGAACAAACUACAAUUUGGGGGUUACUGGUAAAGGCUUUGAUAGAGAUUUAUGCCAGGGCUUGUGACUUGUUUCUCUCCAUUGUGUGAGAGAGGAGCAAAACAGUCUCAUUCGGCAUAUUCACAGUGAACUGGCCCUCAACUCAUAGGGUGAGACCCACUAGUGAGUUGAAGCUUAAUUCUAGGUGGGUGACAACCACAACUACCAACAUGGUACAAGAUUAAGAAAAUGGUCCCCAAAUGCAUGUUUGGGUUAAAAAUGGAUCCGGAGUCUAAAAAGGUUUAAGAUAUCUGAUCUAUGGUUCCCCUGACGAGCAAACUUGGCCACUAUAUGUUAAAGUAUCAACAUAUAUUUGGGGGUGUACUUUAUUUGCAUUUGAGUACCCAUGGGCAAUUGCAAUACUGCUAUUUGAACUGGAUUCCCUGUAUUAUUGAUAUAAGAUGGGGGAAUGGCUGUCUAAAAAUGUUUCACCCUUGCAUUUGAAUAACCCAUUUAAUAUUUUCCUCUUGGUUUGGCUGGGAAAGAUUUUACCUUUUGUGGCUUUUGGAAACUCUUGAGGCUUUCUGAAUCUAAAGAGUAGCAAACUUGCCCAAAAAUCUCUCCUUCUUUUUGGUGGAAGAGGUGACUAUGUAACACAGCAGGCCUGUAUAUAUCUAUGUCAAGGGGAAGGGAGGUAGGCUGAAAUUUCCCAUGCUAAAUCUGUCAAAACUACGGGAAUGUAAAAUCUCUUGGAAAUUUAAUUUGACUGGUGCAGAUGGUAUUCCGCUAGGAAAACCCAGCAGCACUGCCAUGUGCUGGAAAUGUUUCAUGUUCUCGUAUCAGAGCACCUUGUCAUCUUUUGCUUCAAAUCUUUUCUUGCUAGUACCAUUGUUUUAGCAGUAGCAGCAUGUUGCCUUUUCAAAGGAGAGAUGAGACAUCUCUUAAUUUCUCUUUAAGAAAUUGUUGAUCAUUUCGUGAUCAAUUUUAGUUUUCAAAGAAAAGGUCCACUAAAGAACAAUUUAAAAUAAUUUCUUUGCCUUGCUGUUCAUUCCGCUUUGUUUUUCUGCCAGAGUGUGUAGGCGGCAGGAGGAAAAUAGAAAAAUGUUACAUUUGCAUAGUGCCCUGCUACCAAACACUUGAAAUAAACAUGCACCAACUUAGAAAAUGGGCUUGUUAAAAAAUGUAAAGAGGCUUUGGGGCCUUUCAGAAAGUUCCCAUAGGAUGAACUAUUUCUGCAUUUCCUCUAACAAUAAGUUUGCUGCAUAAUAUGUGGCAGGCGCAUCUUUUGUGUUGUUACAGGAAUUUAUUCUACAUUCAUGUGUGGGUUUUCUUUUUUCCCCAUUCUAAAACCUUAAUCACAGAUAAGAGAUAAAAUAGUCCAAGGGUUUCUGCUGCCUGAAUGUAUUACCGCUUUCUAAAGCAAUGUUAUUUCUAUGGGCUUCAACAAGAUUUUUUCAUAGCACAGCAGCAUCUGUAACACCUCUGAGCAGCUUUGGUUUUUGAAAAACCACAACAAUGUAUCUCACAAAAAAAUGGGUGGGAUUCUAUUUUUCAUACAAGAUUGGAUAACAAGAGUCCAUAGUAAAGACAUUUCAUUAUAUCAUUAUAUCAUUAUCUCUCUCUCUCUCUCUCUCUCUCUCUCUCUCAUAUAUGAGAGAAAGAAACUCUUAGGGGUUUUUAUAUGCUAACAAGGAAUUAGCAUUUUUGUUAAAGGAGUGCCUUUUUCUUGGCCAUUUUCUGAGUUUGCAGCCACCAGGUCUAGCUCAUUAUAGUUGGUCUUACAGAUGCAAGAAAUCAUUGAUGCUUUAGCGGUAUAUUAAUGAUGCUCCAAUUAUAAGCAUAUGCAGCCUAAAUAAUAUUAAUAGCCAAGGCAAUUGCUGUUCAGUUUCCUCAAUAUUGCCAUCUUACACCCAUCAAGCAAGCAUCAGUAUCAAUGUAGAAGCAAGUUAUUAAGCUGAACUGCUAAUUGGUAUUUGUUUAUGGGGUGUUUAAUAUUUCUUCCCUCCCCCCCCCCUUCUACUGUAUCUAAAUAAAAUUCCAUUGUGAUUUUGUAUGGAUACAUCUGUUUACAACCAGAGGCAUACCUAGGCUCCCUUGUGCAAUGAACUGUAUCGGCAGCGACCACCCCUGCAAGGAGCUCUAUCAGUGCCCCCCAUCCCUUCCCUUGGCAAAAUUAUCAACACCCUCCACCCAGAGAAAUGGAGGAGUGGGCUAGCUCCUAAUCACUGGAAGCCAAAGUGGAGAGGAUCAAAUCUUGCACCCUUGGCAGGGACCAACCUGGCCAAUCUCUAGGUACCGUAUGUCCUUGUUUACAACCAAGUCCUCAACUCAGCUGAACUGAGAUCUCAGGAUUUCAAACAAUAGUCUGUUCAGCUUAACUGCAUUGCAAGUAACAAUUUUCACACAUGAAAAUGCAAGUAACAAUCACACAUGCAAGUAACAAUUUUCACACACCAUGAGGUAUUGUGUGUGUGGGGGGGGGGGGUGUUUGUUUUUCCAUAUCUAUAACAUCAGUAUAAAUCCUAUAUUGGAUAGAAUUAACUGUUUGUUUUAAAAAUGGCUCUCUGCUUACUGUUCUGUGUUGACAGCAUUUACAUAAGUACACAAAUGCCAGGCGAGAGGUUCAAAGGCAUUUUUAGGAUCACAUUUGAAAAUGCCCUCAAGUUCUUGGCUUAAAUCAAGGAACUAAUCAGGAAUCUGUGGCCCUCCAGACAUUGACAAAAGCAACUCCACCAUCACUGAUCUCUAGGGCUGGUGGGAGUUGAAGGGCUGUAGUCCCCAUCUUUUGCUUAUGUUGAAAUAUAAAAAUCUGCAAAUAGAGUCUUGCUGAAUCAAAUCAAAGGGCCAUUUAGUCCAGCAUUCUGUUUCCAACAGCAGCCAAUUAGGAAACUUAUAAACAGAGCAUGAAGGACCUCAUGUGCUGUACGUUCCCAGCAUUAGUGCCCAGAGGUUUACUGCCUUUGAAGAGAAGGAUGUUGCUUGGAAUAGAGCUUUUGGAGUUAAGAGCAGCAACCUGGAUGCAAUGUCCCUGGAGUGGAAUGGCUCACAGCAGGGGCGAGGAGCCUGUGGCCCUCCAGAUGUUGUUGAAGCUUAACUCCCAUCAGCAUCAGCCACUAUUGCUAGUGGUAAGGGAUGGUGGGAAUUGUAAUUCAGCAACAUCUAGAGAACCACAGGUUCCCCAUAACUGUCCAAAACAUAUGCAUUCCACAGGAUUCAGUGGGGUUUCCAGGUAAGUUUGCUUGGGACUGCAGUAUUGGAGUCACUUCCCCAAACAUAGCUAUAGCUUGCCUUGUCUGGAUACUGGUGCUCGACAUAUCAUAUAACUACUUCUGUUGAUCCACUAAAAUGUUGUGCAUACAGAGCACUGAGAGCAGAAUACAAUCUCUGCUGGUAUAAGCAAUGACAUUUUGGCUGUCAGAAUCCUAUCUGUCUGUGAACGUAACAUAAAAACAGCCCAUAUGCCAUCACAGUUUUCCAUCUGUGAUAGUAAAAUGUAUUGUCUUACCUAUGGUAAACACAAACUCUUUCAUGAAACCACAACAAAAGGUUCAAGUUCUAAAUCACAUUUUUCAUGAAGUUCACAUUUCGUUUGGCUUUUUAUUUUUAUUUAUGUGUGUGUGUGUGUGUGUGUGUGUGUGUGUGUGAUUGUGUGAGAAAAGAAUUAAAGCUUUUUUUAUCAAGUAACAUCAAUCCUUGCACACUCUAUGCAAAAUUUUGUAAGCAUUGCAAUAAUGCUAUGAAUUACACAAGGAAGUAUUUUAACUUUAUUACACUUUCUGUAUAAAAAGAUUUGUAUUUAAAAUUAUUUCAACUGCAAUCUUGUAAAAUAUAUUAAUAAAAUAAUGAUUGUUAAGAAA